AUCAAAACUUUUUCAACAAUUCACUUUUUCUCCCCAGUCUCCUGUGCUGCUAACACACCUGUUGUCCUCCUAUAGACUGCUCCAUUGAAGCUAAGUUUCUUCCUGGUGUUUCACUGCCUCCUAGUGGAUAAAAGUUAGGUGCACUGACAGUAGGGUCAGAUAAGCUUGUGCAUAACUAACUGGACAACAUUUCCUUUGGAGGAAAUGGCUGAUAAAUGCUGCUUGCAGUACCAUCUGGGCCAAACAUGCUUACUCCAUCAACCGCUACAGCAGCAGCAUCCGCAGAUGUUGCCUGCGGUGAAGCCUGUGCAGUCUCCAGGACCAGGACGUGGUGACCAGAAGGGGCCACACAAUCCACCCAAUGGUGAAGCCAACAUGGCUCGGCAGGCCCGCAAAAAGAUUGAAGCUCGUCAAAAAAUGGCAAAGUUAUUUCAGAAGUACAGGGCUCAGCUGGGCUGCAAUAAACAUAGUGUCACCGUGACCUCAGAGCCUCCGUCAGUGGAAGAGAAGAUCUGCCUCACUGUGUAUGAAAACAAGAUAGUUGUGCCACUCACUGUGAAGAACUGGGGUUUCGGAAGGCUUCACUUUACUCUUGAGGAUUCUGACCUCGUUAAGAACAUUUUCACUGUCAGAGACUGCCAUGGAGAAAUUAUCAAGAAUUUGAAGCAUCUCGGUCUUGGACCAGGAGCGGCAUAUCAAAUCAAUGUCCAUUUCCACUCCAAGCAUGCAGGCUUCUAUGAACAGUUUCUGGUCUUUAAGUUUGAAUCGCAUGACCUGCCCUCAGAUAACUUUGAGAUUAUGCGCCUCUUUGAAAUCAUACGUCGAACAUCUCUCAGUGAAGAGCCCCUCCCUAGAGAGUCAACCUCACCAUGCGACCUCAAAGCUGUGGAUUGGAUAUCUGCUGGAGGUGUUAGAAUGACGUGGCUUAAGGUCGUGGUGCCUUUGAAGAAAUAUCCGAUACCGGACAACAUCAAAGACGUCAAGAAAGUCAACAUGAAACUGGAGAAGAUGCCUCUGAACUGGAAGAACUACUACCAGAGGUUCCAGUUGCUGCUGCAUCUUGAGGAGCUCCAUCUGAAGGAAGAGAUUGAGAAAUUCAACCGGGAUUCACCCAUGUUCAGACACAAAAAAAACGCAAACCUUCUCAUUCUGAAGAUUUCAGGUGUCACUAAAAGCUCACCAUCGAUGCUGCCCGGAAACAAGGUGCUGGUGACUCCUUUAGACCAGGCAGGAGUAUUUGAAAAUAAUAUUUUCAAAGGCACGGUCCAUCAAGCGGAUGCGGAGCAGGUCUACCUGGAAUUCAGUGACACGUUCAUGUGUCGUUUCAAGGACGGCAUGAGGUUCCAUUUUAACUUCAUCAUGAACCGUAUACCCCUGCGCACCCAGCAUAGAGCAGUACAGCUGGUGUGCAGUAACAAACUGAGGGAGGUGCUGUUCCCUACUGGACAAUUCUCUCCCCACCAUUCACAUCUACAAAGGCUGUUGGAGCUUGAGAACAACCCGGAGCAGUGCAAGGCUGUUCAACACAUCGUAGCUGCUUCCGCAAAACCUGCCCCAUACCUCGUAUUUGGUCCACCUGGCACAGGAAAAACAUUGACUUUGGUGGAAGCCAUCAAGCAAAUAGUGAAAACGCAGCCGUCGCUCAACAUCCUGGUCUGCGCUCCUUCCAACGGUGCAACUGAUCACCUCUGUGAGAAGAUCCUGGAAGGAAAGAUAGGCAACGUGCAGCGCUUGUACGCCCUGAACAGCCCUGUGAGAAAUAUCCCACAAAAUAUAAAGUCAUGUUGCAAUCUGAACCAUGACACAAACACACUUGUGACUCCCGAUAAAACUGAGCUGAUGAGGAGCAAGAUCAUGGUCACCACCUUGCAAACUGCGGCAAGACUAGUGACUGGAGGGAUUCCUUCAGAUCAUUACACGUAUCUGUUUGUUGAUGAGGCAGGCCAGGCUGCAGAAACAGAGUGUCUCAUCCCUAUAGCAGGUUUACUGGAAUCAAAGAAAUGCCAGAUAGUGCUGGCUGGAGACCCUAAACAGUUGGGCCCCUUCAUCACAUCCAGAAUAGCAGUCAAACAUGGCUUGGGUGUGUCCUUGUUGGAGCGUCUGAUGAACGACAUCGACCUUUACAAGUCACAUAAGACACAGGGGUACAACAACCGCUUUGUAACCAAACUACUGAGGAACUACAGGUCCCAUCCUGCAAUUCUGAAAAUUCCCAAUGAGCUCUUCUAUAAUGGAGAACUUCAGCCUCAUGCUCCUAAAGCGACAUGCAUGUCAUAUUGCAGAUGGGAACACCUGCCCAAGAAAGGUUUCCCUUUGAUCUUCCACGGAGUGGCCGGCACCGACGAACGUGACGCCGACAGUCCCUCUAUUUACAACAUGGCAGAGGUGCAGGUUUUGAAGGAAUACUUGAAAGCCCUGGUUGAACAUCUUCGCAAAAAGGGUGUGACCAAAAUUGAACCAGGAGAAAUUGGCAUCAUUGCCCCGUACAGAAAACAAGUGAUGAAAAUCCAAAACGCCCUUCAGACGGACAAAGAUCUCAGGAAGGAAGACUUGGGAAACGUACUGGUUGGUUCAGUAGAGCAGUUUCAGGGUAAAGAGUACAACGUGAUUCUGUUGUCUACGGUGCGAAGCAAUCCCAAACUGACUGCACAGAUGCAAAAAUGCACUCUAGGCUUUGUUGACAAUGAGAAGAGGUUCAACGUGGCGCUGACCCGAGCACGAGCCUUACUGAUUGUGGUCGGAGACCCGAGAGUCUUGAAAACUGACCAAAUGUGGAACAAGUUCAUCCACUACUGCUUCACAGAAGGGGGAUACCGUGGCAUUACAGUCUCUGAUGAAGAGAUAACUCACCGAGUGCCUGUGGAGAGUGAUGCAGCAGCAGCUGGACCCUGUUGAAGGAACCAACAGACCUCGCACACUCAUCUUAAGCUCCAGUAUUCAACAUAGAAAAACUAAGAAUAAAGAACUGGUUGAAACUGAGA